AUGAAUUACGAGCUGGAGCGGACUAAUCGCAGCGGGGUGGAGCGUUGCCAUGGCGACCCAGACAAAUGUUUGCACUGCUACGCAUCAUGGAUGAACGAGUCUGGCGCUGUCGAGCUUGUGAAGAUGGGCUGUUGGCUGGAUGACAUCAACUGCUAUGACCGGUCCUCAUACAUGCAGUACUCUAGGAGCGUUCCCAGGUUUUUUUUUUGCUGCUGUGAAGGAAACUUCUGCAACAAGAACUUCACACACCUUCCGGAAGUCACUGAAACACGGACCAACGCCCCGCUCGCCAGUGUGAGACUGUUGACAGCGACAGUUUCCUUCUUGCUUUCUGCCGCCCUGCUGUCGGUCGCUCUGCUCGCCACAGUCUGGACGCACCGACACCGGAAACCACCGUAUGGACAGAAUACUAUUCCUCCUCCUGCUGCCCUCCCUCUGGGUCUCAAGCCUCUGCAGCUGCUGGAGGUAAAGGCCAGGGGGUGCUUUGGCUGCAUCUGGAAGGCCCAAAUUCUGAAUGACUAUGUGGCUGUCAAGAUCUUCCCCAUCCAGGGCUCCCUGUCAGACUUCCUGAAGGGAAAUGUGCUAGGGUGGUCCAAGCUGUGCCACGUGUCUGAGUCUAUGGCGCAUGGAUUGGCUUACCUUCAUGAAGAUGUCCCCCCACAGAAAGGGAUUUUAAGAGUAAGAACAUCCUGCUGCGCUUGGACCUCACUGUGGUCAUCACCGACUUCGGUCUCGCCAUAUGCUUUGAGCCAGGGAACCCGCCUGGAGUUUCACACGGACAGGUUGGGUACCUGGGCUACAUGGCUCCAGAGGUUUUAGAGGGGGCCAUUAACUUCCAGCAAGAUGUGGGAGCUGUG